AUGCCGAUCGUUAUCGCCGCCGCAGGGAAGCCGCGUCGCAAAGUUCGUUUUUCAUCCAACCAAACAUCCAGGCCAACAGACGCUCAGGGUAGAGACACAAAAUCUACUAGUUCGUCAAUAGGACGCCGUCAACCCUCGGCGCCUACACCUAGGAAGCACACAUCGCUAGACCAACGCAGCAACAGCAGCGGCGGCAUGUAUGAGCCCCAAGCACAUCCCGGAGUUCCGGCGUUGUUUCAAGAGCUGCCCUCGCUGCUAGAUGCCCUGUGCACCGAGACCUCUGAGGUCCAAAGUGAGACCGUCAACAAAUGUCUGCCCUUCUUGAAAGGCAUUCACAACAGCCAGGCAGGUCCAUUCAACCGAUUCGGAGUACCAUCUCUGAACCAGAAUGACCACCUCAUCUACUUAUACGAUUCUUUGGAGGACUAUCCAGAGGGCUUCGCUGGCAUGGAUGCAAGCCGACCUUGGAUGGUCUACUGGGUGCUGGCCGGAUUAAGCCUCCUGGGGGAAGAUGUCACCAAAUACCGUGAACGUGUCAUUUCCACGUUUACGCCAAUGCAAAAUCCUACAGGGGGUAUGGGAGGAGGUCACGGGCAACUGUCCCACUGCGCCUCUAGCUAUGCCACAGUGCUCGCUUUAGCCAUGGUCGGAGGCGAAGAGGCAUUCGAACUAAUCGAUCGGGAGGCGAUGUGGAGAUGGCUAGGCAGCUUGAAGCAGCCUGAUGGCGGCUUUAGGGUCUGCGUGGGCGGGGAAGAAGACGUGCGAGGCGCCUAUUGCGCCAUGGUGGUCCAUUCGCUACUGAAUUUGCCACUGGAAUUACCCCCUGAUGCCGAAGCUCGGCAGCACGGUCUCGAGACAUUCACCAGUGGCCUCUCGGAGUACCUGUCGAGGUGCCAAACAUACGAAGGCGGCAUUUCCGGAAGCCCCGGUUCUGAGGCGCAUGGUGCCUAUACUUUCUGUGCUUUGGCAUGUCUGUGCCUCAUGGGCCCACCAGAAGUCAUGGUGUCGAGGUGCAUGGAUGUUCCUUUACUCCUGAGCUGGCUUUCUGCUCGACAGUACGCCCCCGAAGGAGGGUUUUCGGGAAGGACCAAUAAAUUGGUGGAUGGCUGCUACAGCCACUGGGUUGGCACCUGCUGGCCAUUAGUUCAGUCUGCCCUCAACGGAGUCCAGUCAGCUACAGGCCCGGAGCGGGUCCCUGCCAAUCUCUACAGCCGUGAAGGGUUAACCAGAUAUAUCCUUGGUUGUUGCCAGUCCAAGUUCGGGGGGCUCCGUGAUAAGCCUGGGAAGCAUCCGGAUUCGUACCACACCUGCUACACGCUGACAGGCUUGAGCUCAACCCAGUAUUAUCAUUACCACACCACUUCCAGCGUCAGCUCUGAUGAGGGCUUUGGUUCGGCGUAUUCCUGGAAAUGCACACCCAUCCCUGCUUCGGAUGAUUCAUCCUCCGACCAGAAUGUAUUCGAUGAGAAGGACCGGUUGAAAGCCUUUCACCCGAUCUUCGUGGUACCCCAUGCGGCCGCGGAGAGCCUGCGGGUAUGGUGCGAGCACCGUCCGAUCAAGCCCGAAUGGUGA